GGCCUUUCCUUUUACUACGGUGGCCGGGGAGCUUGGGUGCUUGUGGCCGCAGCGCUGAGGUCGGAGCGUCUGCGUUUGUACUGGCUUGGCUGCUUUUGGGGCGGCUGCUGCUAGAGCUGGACCAUUUCCCGGUACAAAAGAUUAACUUUACAGAAGAAUGCAAUCAAGUGAUGGCUUUUUCUUUAGAAUUUGAAUAUGGAGGCCACAGGAACAGAUGAAGUUGACAAGCUAAAAACUAAAUUUAUAUCUGCUUGGAACAACAUGAAAUAUAGUUGGGUGUUGAAAACAAAAACAUAUUUUAGUAGAAAUUCCCCUGUAUUAUUGCUUGGAAAAUGCUACCAUUUUAAGUAUGAAGAUGAAAAUAAACUGCUGCCUGCAAGAUCAGGAUGUACAAUAGAAGAUCAUGUAAUUGCGGGAAAUGUAGAAGAAUUUCGUAAAGAUUUCAUUUCAAGAAUAUGGUUGACCUAUAGGGAAGAAUUUCCUCAAAUAGAAGGCUCGGCUUUGACAACAGACUGCGGUUGGGGCUGUACAUUAAGAACUGGCCAGAUGCUAUUGGCUCAAGGACUCAUACUACACUUUCUUGGUAGAGCUUGGACCUGGCCUGACGCUUUGAACAUUGAAAAUUCAGACUCUGAAUCAUGGACUUCCAACACUGUAAAAAAAUUUACCGCAUCAUUUGAAGCAUCACUUUCAGGGGAAAGAGAACUCAAAACCCCAACAGUUUCUCAGAAGGAAACAAUCAGGAGAUAUUCUGAUGAUCAUGAAAUGCAAAAUGAAAUUUAUCACAGGAAAAUCAUCUCUUGGUUUGGUGAUUCCCCUUUGGCUCUCUUUGGUUUGCAUCAACUAAUAGAAUAUGGAAAGAAGUCUGGGAAAAAAGCCGGAGAUUGGUAUGGACCAGCUGUGGUUGCUCAUAUUUUAAGAAAAGCAGUUGAAGAAACAAGACACCCUGAUUUACAAGGAAUAACUAUUUAUGUUGCACAAGACUGUACAGUUUACAGUUCUGAUGUAAUUGAUAAACAGUGUACUUCCAUGGCCUCUGAUAAUACAGAUGACAAAGCUGUUAUUAUUCUAAUCCCUGUUAGACUUGGUGGGGAAAGAACCAACACCGACUACUUAGAUUUUGUAAAGGGUAUUUUAAGCCUUGAAUAUUGUGUGGGUAUUAUUGGUGGCAAACCUAAACAGUCAUACUAUUUUGCUGGAUUUCAAGAUGACAGUUUGAUUUACAUGGAUCCUCAUUACUGCCAGUCUUUUGUAGAUGUCAGCAUAAAGGAUUUCCCUCUUGAGACAUUCCACUGCCCUUCUCCCAAAAAGAUGUCAUUUCGAAAAAUGGAUCCUAGCUGUACAAUAGGAUUUUACUGUCGAAAUGUUCAGGACUUCAAACGAGCUUCUGAAGAAAUCACUAAGAUGCUGAAAAUUUCUUCUAAGGAGAAAUAUCCCUUAUUUACUUUUGUAAAUGGUCAUUCCAGAGACUAUGAUUUUACAUCUACUACAACCAAUGAAGAAGACUUUUUCUCAGAGGAUGAAAAGAAAAGAUUAAAAAGAUUUAGCACAGAAGAAUUUGUCUUGCUCUAAAGAUUAAUGCAUUUGUGCUUGUUGAGAAGAACUCCUCUGCAGGGGGAACAAUGAAGAGAAACAAGUUUACCUGAAAUUGGCUUAUUUUCACAAAUAUCUUAAUUUUAUAUGUUCUUUAAAAAAAGCAAGAACAUUUGGAAAUAUACACGUUUUAAAGAUAUUUUUCUGAAAGAGAAAUGAUUUAAUGAAUCUUUAUUUCUAAUAAAUAUCAAGUGAUUCUGGCUGCAUUCCUAUUUCCCUAAGAUCUGCUAACAAUAACUCUAACUUAUCUGUAAGCCUUCCAGUCUUCAAAUUCUUCCACCUGAGGCCACUAGUCUCCUGAAGGUUUUGUAAUAUAGGCCCCAAAAUUGGGAUCACCAAAUAGGUUCAAAAGCUUCCAUUUAUACUAACAACCAGAAGACCAGAGAAUGAAUCUUCAGUGCUGCAUAGCCUCCUGAUAUUAAUGCAACCAAAGGAUACUUACGGAUGUAUCUGGAUAUAUUACAUAGCAAUUGUUAGCUGUGAUAUGCAUACAAUUAUAUAAGUAGAAUUGUGAGUUAAUGGAAUACUUAGCAAUAUGAUUUUAUAAUGGCUCCUCAUUUUGCUUGCUAUCAAGCCUUCUUUGAGGAGUGAAUAGAAAGUAUUGGCUUUCCCCAGAAAUUUAAAGGUUAUGUUAUUAAUAAUAACUUCAUCCAAUCAGAUCAGAUAAAGGCAAUUUUAAGAUAGUAGUAGUGUUUGUCUCCUGUCUCAAAAAUAGAAUUUUAUGGGAAUUCUGCUUACUAUGGAGUUUUUAAAUCUAAAGAUAAGUACUAAGAAAAAUAUCAGUAGAUGCUCCUCUACAUGAUUUUUGCUAUUUGUAUAAAUCAGUGUAGUGGUGUUUAGAAGGUGAGGCUAUCUAUAAGGUAAAUCUGCCUUAAGUGUAUUAUGUGUUACUGAAAGGCAAAUUUGUGAGUUAUUAUUCAGCCAGGAUUAUGUACUUUAAUAAAGAUGUGAGAAUGUAACGUACCUUUGUUUGGUUUUAAUAGGAUUAUUUUCGUUCUUUAAUUUGAAAAAAUCAUUGUCUCACAUGAAGUCUAUUUAUUUAUAAUGAAGGCAAGGAAUAUUGUUUCUCUGAAAGAAAAAUAUUAACUUAUGGAGCUUUCAUGUUUCAAUGUGGAAAGAUGACUAUAAAGACAUAAAAUUGUGUAUCAUUUAAAGUCAUUGAUCUCUUCCAUCAGAAAGCCUAUUUGUUAGGCUUAGAGUUGCAUGCAAAACUGAAACAGAGGGGGCAGAUUGCUUUAGUAUGCCUGAUGAGAGAAAUCAGGUUUGGCAUUUCCCUGUGAGGACAGUUUAUUGAAUUGAUAUAAAUGGGCUGAAAUCUAAAAUUUUCCUUUACUCCAGAUAAAAUCUGGACAAAUUAAGUCCAGUACUAAUUUUCCUAGAAUGUCAAAGCAGUACUGGAAUAAGAAGCCAGUAGUAUGCCCGAUUUUAUGCACUGCAGUUGUCUCGUCUAAAUUAUUGCGGUUUGUUCUUUAUAUACACCUGCAGUAUUCACAGGAUUUUACAGCAAACACAUCAAAUGAGAGUACCCAUACCUUCAAAUGAAUCAGAACUGAUUUUAAGUAUUCUCUUACAAGAACUAUAUAAAAGUUUAGACUUAUACUUUUGCAUUCUGUUAUUUUUUCACCGUCUUCGGGGAUCAUGUUAACUAGGUUAAAAUCAGACCUGGCCAAAGUUGAGGUGAGAGGAGGCAGAAACUUCCUUUACAUUGAAUUAUAUUGAAAAUACCCAGAAUACUGUACAGACAAAACAAACCAAUCUUGCAAUACAGUCAUCCCCGUGACUGAGAAUAAAUGUGUAGAAUCAGAAAUGAUCAGCAUAAUAUGCACAUAAAAAGUAUUCAGUAAUGUGUAUGAAUGAAUGCAUUCAUGAAAAUCGAGGUAGGCUGAUUGAUUUAUCUUGCCUGUUAAUUCAACUUCAGCUGAGGACCAGCCAAAAGUUGUGCUAAUCUUUUAUUGGACAGGCAGCAACAAAACUACAUCAUUAGAUUUAGAAUAGAGGUACUGUAUAUUCUGGUUUCAGACUUUGUUUUGAACACAGAUUUCAUUUCAAGUUCUGACAGCCAGUAAACUCGGUCAAUAAAGCUUAUGGAUGAUCUCUUUCAGCGUGGAAUAAAGGAAAGUAAAGAGAAAAAAAAAAAAAAACCAAGAUACUAAGAUGGGUGUUCUCUUAGAAUUAUUAUAGGAGGAUCUUGCAUUUGGACAUCAAUAUUAAGAUACUAGUUUUACCAUUAACAUUUCAGAAAUGAAUUUUUAAAAUUCUUAAUGUGACUUUUUGAUGGUGAAGGUUUCUUUUCUCUCUUCUUUGACACUUUGAAUCCCCUUUUGUCAAUAUAUUAACCACCAGCAGGCAGUGUUGAGAGUCAUUUGCUGAAUGAGUGAAUGAAAAGAUCCUUUACAGUACAAGUAUAAACAAAAGGAUUUCCCCCAGGUAUCCAUUUUUCUGUUUUUAUAUUAAACUAACCCCAUUAAAUCUCAAUUAUUGAGAAGACAACUUUAUAGGAUUAAAAAUUUAGGUCACUUUUGUGUUCUGUUAACCUUAGCAUUGUCCAAGGGCAAGCAUAUCUAAAAAUAUGUAUAUUAAUUCCAUCUUCUUUUUAGAAGAAUUAAAGAAAUAAAACAGCAAAAAUGACUUAUCUAUAUAAUAUAUCCAGUAUUAGGUCAGAA